CUAUAUGGUUAAAGUCAAUAAUGUUUGUGUAAGAAAGAAGAAAUACCCAAAACAGCCUUUUCAAUAUCCCCAACCAAAUUACCUUCCUAUGCACGUCUGAUCUCCUUUUUUUUUCCUCCCUACCGCCCAUAUUUAUACUCUCCCUAAUCUCAUUUUUCUUUUCUCUCCUCAUUUCUCCCCCUUAGCUUUUUUCUCCUCUUUAACUUCACGCCUUCCCCUGCCCCCACCACCGGAAAAAACCAACAAAUGUCCGCAGAUCUGGCCGAGCUCCGGCAAGAUUUGCCGGAAAUUCAACUGCCUAGAGUAAACGUAAUUAUUACUUCCUCCCCUCCGGACCGGAAUAUUUCCGUGAUUAAGGAAGAGGAGGAGGAAGAGGAAGAGUGCCGGACGCCGAGAUCGCCGCGGAAUUUGAUACCGGAAACGGUUGUGUGUCCGCCGGCGCCGAUGAAGCCGCGGCGGCCGGUGAUCCGGUGCAAGAGGAAGCUGACGGAGCUCAAUUUCUUGGAGAUGGUGGCUCGAGAGGAGGUCGAUUCCCUCUUCCGCCCCUCCGCCGCCGCAUCCCCCACCAAGAUCAGGAGGUGCCUUGUGUAAAUUCCGUAAAUCGAGAAAUAUAAUAGAAAUGGAAAAUUCCACUUCUUAUUUCCUUUUUUUCUUUUAUUUUUUUCAACCGGGGAAUUUUAUGUGUACGUAAAAAUUACAGAUAUUAUAUAUACAGUGUGUGUGAAUUAUUAUUUUUUUGUUGAAAACUGAUUCAACAAAUUCGGAUCUGAAUU